GGGAGCUUUGGGACAACGGUGGAGAGUAGCAUUGUAAGUCUGGCUGUGUGAACACAUGAGAAAAAAGCGAGACAGAAGAUGGGUGGAUCAAAGAGACAUAACUUCAAGGAGUGAAGUAGUAUGUGGAGCAACAAAAGAUCGUUUCAGCUGACCUGGACACAAACAGGAAGAGAGGGAGGGCAGAGCCGUGGUGAAGAGAAGACAGAAAACUUGUCUGAACAAGAGGCAGAAAAAGAAAAUAACUGAGGAGGCGUGCUCUCAUUCACCCAAGGAGGGAGAGAGAGAGUCAAACCAGACAGAGAGAGAAACAGAAAGAGCAGAGGAGUGGGAGGAGGAGGAGGUGGGGUAAGGUAAGAAAGCAAAGAGGCAAAAGAUUAACACUCCUGAGAGAGAAAGACAGAGAGAGUGAGCCGGGGACAAUGAGCCGAUGAGGGGGGAAGAAAAUCUUGACAGAAAGCAGAUAAGGGGUGAUUGCUGAGGAAGGCGAAGCAAAGAGGGAGUAGAAGAGACAGAGGGUGAGGGAGCUAGUGGGUGAAGUUAGAAGGAGGGGAGAGGUAUGAGGGGACAGCCCUUGAAGUCACUCUUCUCUUUGGUGUUAACUGUCUUCUUUCUGGGGAGCCUGCUGACCACACUCAUCUGGUACAUGGUCGACAACAACAAUGUGGAACCUCAGAAGACGCCUCCUCAGAAGAAAAGCGCCCCUGAGUCCUCUGACCCUUGUAAAGGCUGCAGGGAGAUCAUUGACAAAGUAUUAGAGCGUUACUCUCAAACCUGGAAAAAGCAGGAGGACAAUUACCAAAAAUUCAGAUCUCAGCUGAGCAACAAGUGCCAUGGUUUUGAGAAGGCCAUCGUUACCCAGGCAAACACUCCUGUGGGAUCCAAGAUUGUGUACGAUGGGGAAAAGAGGAGGUCCUUGCAAGUGACCCCAGAGAUUUUCAGCACCUUUGCAAAGGAGCAUCCGUUCCCAAAUAAAACAUGGGACACGUGUGCUGUCGUUGGGAAUGGAGGGAUUCUGGUCAACAGCAGCUGUGGACAGAUGAUCGAUUCAGCUCAGUUUGUUAUCAGGUGUAACCUACCUCCUUUGAAAAAUGGUUUUGAGAAACAUGUGGGCAUCAAGACAGACCUGGUGACAGCAAACCCAAGUAUCCUCCUAGAGAAGUACGGGGCUCUAAUGGGGCGUCGCCGUCCAUUCGUGGAGAGUCUGCAAAGCUAUGGCAACUCACUGCUGCUCCUUCCUGCCUUUUCCUAUGGCCACAACACUCCUGUGUGCUUGCGUGCCGUCUACAGCAUUGAGGACUUUAAAAGUCCCAGUCGGCCCAUCUUCUUCAACCCUGCCUACCUCCAGAAUCUGGCCCUCUUCUGGCGCUCCCAAGGCCUACGAGCAGUGCGGCUCAGCACCGGCAUUAUCAUGGCGAGCCUGGCGCUGGAACACUGUGCCAACGUGCAUCUGUAUGGGUUCUGGCCCUUCAGUAAUCAUCCACAUGGAUUCCAUGCCCUGACGAACCACUACUACGAUGACAGACAAACUAAAACAAAAUUUCAUGCCAUGCCGGCCGAGUUUGACCUCUUGUUGAAGCUGCACAGUCAGGGGGUGCUCAAGCUUCACCUGGGAGAUUGUCAACCUGGUGAAAAGUAGUUCCAGACCCAGGGGCAGCUAACUGGACAGGAGCAAAGUGCCUUCAUUGUAGUUGAAUGAACAGACAGAUAUUUUAUGCUGGUGACACAGUCAAAGUGUGUCCAAGCCAAAUGGACGCUUGGACUUAACUGUAAAUGCUGAGUUGGCUCAUGAGCAGCCAAGACAUUUGCACUGAAAUUAAGAUGCAACAAUCAUAGGACUGUAAAGAUUAUGUAAACAGUCUUGUAGUGUAUCUAAAAUUGUAUUUAUUACCACAAAUGUUCCAGCUGGAGUCUGGAAAGAGUUAUUUUGAAUUAAGUGGGAAUCCUUUGUGGGGGUCAACAUUAUAGUGCCUUCUUUCAGAUCAAACUGAAUGUAUUUUGAGGAAAAUCAAAUACCUCCUCUACGUGAAGAUUGUCUGGCUAAAACACUUUUACAUUUAAAGAAAAAUAGCCACACACUGAAUGCAAUGAAUCUUUUGACAUUUAAAAAAAAAAGAAAACUACGUCAGACGAUUAACCACUUUGAAGAAAUAUUCUGUGAGCUGGUCGAGGGGAGAUGUAUGGUUCUCACACACGAUUGUUAAGGACAGGCUGCUGCUGGUUGUGGAUGAUUUCUUUUGUUCUCACUCCAUGUCACUGGCAGAGCUGGAUGUGAAGUGUCUGUAGGUGUAAUGUCCCAGGUGCCUCAUCUACCUCACCUCCAUGGCUGCUGCCCUCUGGGGGCUGAGAGAACCUUAAUGAGUGAGGCUCAGAGCCAAGGACUAAACAAAACAACUACAGAAAGAAACAGGAAUAAUAACACUACUAAAACCGGGAGGUCCCUCCUCACAAAGGUUACCACGGUGAGCCCGUGUAACAAUGCGCAACCCCUCGUCACCACAGCGACCAGACAUGGAUAUGCGCUGUCACAAAGUGGCAACAUUCACAUACUGGUACAAUGGUAGUUUGGAAACCAGUACUUUUAAAGCUGAGAAUGAUCAUGAAUUGUGCAUUAUGCAUGAAAAUUGUUGAGUUUGGGUGAAGACUUUGGGUGAAUUUGCAUCAAGACUUGUGCAACUGGGAGUGAUGUCUUUCAUGCUGAUACUUAAAAAGUCUUAAAAGUGAUUUUUGUCAUCUAGAGAAAAACUGAAUAAGCUGUAGAUGACCAAACUUGAGAACUCUUUGUGAGCCAGUUUUAAAAUCUUGUGUUGUUGGUGAGGGAAAAUGAAAAUAAAGUGAAUAAGUGAAUAAAUAUUUAUAACAAAAGA